AUGGCGAUAGGUAUCCGUAUUACCAUGAAACCAACAAUGAUAGUGGCGUUAUUUGUGUUAAUCUUGAUGAUCUUAAGUGUCGCAUCGAUAUCUGAUGGUGCCUUGCAAGUAGGCUUCUACAACGGUAAAUGUAACUCUACAGAUGUUGAGAAAAUUGUUUCUAAGGUAGUAAAGAGGCAUUUCUUCAAGGACCCAUCUAUCACCGCGUCUCUCAUUCGCAUGCAAUUUCAUGAUUGUUUUGUUCAUGGAUGUGAUGCUUCCAUACUAAUUGAUGGAAAUAAUACCGAAAAGGAUGCUCCUUCUAAUGGAAGUGUCAAAGGUUUUGAAGUUGUUGAUGAGGCAAAGGAUAUUUUGGAGAAAAUAUGUCAUGGAAUUGUUUCUUGUGCUGAUAUUAUUGCUAUUGCGGCUAGAGUAUCUGUUUUCUUGGUAUGCUUCCCUUUCUAUAUUAAAAUGAUUCGUUUAAGUAUAUACACUUUUCAUUUGUACAAUGCUAUAAAUGAUGUUGCUAUAAAAGGUCAAUCACCAAAUAUUUUUGAUAUAAGGAUAAAAUUACAAUCAACAUUCAAAUUCUGCCUAAAUGAAAAUCACGAUGGAGGAAAAUGGUACCAUGUUGAAACCGGAAGAAGAGAUGGCCUCAUUUCACAAGCAAGUGAUGUUAAUCUUCCUUCACCAUUUAUAUCAGUUUUUGAAACUACUCAAAUAUUUUCAAAGAAAGGAUUGAACAUCGAGGACAUGGUUCUUCUCUUGGGUGGGCAUAGUGUUGGAAUGACACAUUGUAAGUUUGUCCAAAACCGACUAUACAACUUUCAAAACACCGGAAGAACAGAUAAAAACAUGAAUCCAACUCUAGCACAAUAUUUGAAAAGGAAAUGCCCCAAUGAUACAAAUAGCCAAGCAUUAAUCCCUUUAAAUUCCAAGGCAAAAAAUGUUAAUCUUAUGAACAACUCCUUUUAUAAAGAGAUACUGGAAGGAAGAGGCAUACUUCAAAUUGACCAAGAAAUUGCAUUUGAUUCAGUAACCAGUGGUAUUGUUAAGGAGCUAGCAAAAGAUAACGACGCUUUUCUUGUUAAAUUUGGUGACGCCAUGGUUAAGUUGGGGGAUAUUGAUGUUCUUACUGGUAAUCAAGGAGAGAUCCGACGGUCUUGCCGUGCUUUUAAUUAA